UUCCAAACCAAAGCUUUUAACUUGGCAGUGCCGUUUGAGCAAACAAACUCAGCCAGUUGAACACAAUGAUUAACAGGAAACUGCUGGGGAACUGACACAGUUACCAGCCCUUGGCCGGGGAAGACGCUGGGGUUGAAAUCUUUGUACGAUGACUUGCAGAAUGAUUCUCUCUCCUCUGAGUGGUCUUGCUGUGAGGACAGGUGGACCCACGGGGAUCAGACCUCUCCUGAGACAUUCUCUUUUUAUGUAAUAACAGGUUACAGGUUAGUGGAAGACCGGGCGAAGAAAAUACAGAGAGAAGGACCUCAGAAAUGUGUCAAAGGAAAGUGAAAAUGCAACCUAGCCGUACAUGAAGGGGAAAGGAAGGAAAAGAAAAAAGACACAGAACCGUUAACUGGAAGGACACGGGACAAGCGAUCCAGACCACAUCCAUCAGGAGGAUGAUCUGGGGCCCUGGAGAAAAAGUAAGUUAAAUAAAUUUGACGCGCUGUUCGCUGUUCAGCUCUCCAGAGACGUUUUGCUCAUUUCCUGGUUUUGAAUGAUGGGCUCUUGGAAGCAUUGUCUUUUUAGCGUGUCUCUUCUCGCCGCCCUGAUCUUUGUGUUUGUUUACAAUAACGAGUUGUGGGAGAAUAAACGUUUUCUGAAGGCAGCUCUCGCCAAUGCUUCAGUCCUAGCCGAAGCCUGCCGUCAGAUUUUGAAUGGGAAGGUUUUUUACAUGACGGAAAAUGCACUGAAAACGACCCUGCGUAGAUCUACCUGUUACGAGUACAUGGUUCAAAGUCAUUACAUAACAGAAACGCUCUCGGACGAAGAGGCCAGGUUCCCUUUGGCUUACACGAUGGCCAUCCACAAAGACUUUGGCACUUUUGAGAGACUCUUCAGGGCGAUUUACAUGCCCCAGAAUGUCUACUGUGUGCACGUGGAUAAGAAGGCCACAAAUGCAUUUAAAGAUGCAGUGGAACAGUUACUGAGCUGCUUCCCAAAUGCAUUUCUGGCUUCCAAGAUGCUGCCUGUGGUCUAUGGUGGCAUCUCCAGGCUCCAGGCGGACCUGAACUGUAUGGAAGAUCUGGUGGCCUCCCAGGUCCCCUGGAAGUACCUCCUCAACACCUGUGGGCAAGACUUCCCCCUGAAAACCAACAAGGAGAUAGUCCAGUAUCUGAAAGGCUUUAAAGGGAAAAACAUCACCCCAGGGGUGCUGCCCCCAGCCCAUGUGAUGGGGCGGACUAAAUUUGUGCACCGGGAACUCUUAGACAGCAAGAAUCCAUAUGUGCUAAAAACAGCACAAAGUAAAACGUCUCCUCCUCACAAUAUGACCAUUUACUUCGGCACUGCCUACGUGGCUCUCACAAGGGAAUUUGCUAAUUUUGUCCUUCAAGACCGGCACGUGUUUGACUUUCUCUCCUGGUCCAGGGACACCUACAGCCCCGACGAGCACUUCUGGGUGACGCUCAAUCGGAUCCCUGAUGUACCUGGCUCUAUGCCCAACGCAUCCUGGACAGGGAACCUCAGAGCCAUAAAGUGGAUUGACAUGGAAGAUAAACAUGGAGGUUGCCACGGCCACUAUGUACGUGGCAUUUGUAUCUAUGGAAACGGAGACUUGAAGUGGCUGAUUAAUUCACCAAGCCUGUUUGCUAACAAGUUUGAGCUUAAUACAUAUCCCCUUACUGUGGAGUGCCUUGAACUGAAGCUUCGGGAAAGAACCCUCAAUCAGAGUGAGACUGCCAUCCAACCCAGCUGGUAUUUCUGAGCUACAGAAACUCAUGACGAAGGGAAACUGCAAUUGGGCAGAAGAAACUUUCUCUGGGAGAGACUUUGGUUUACGUGAACAGUUUCGGGACCAGGAAUGGCUCCAGGACCUGGCUACGUGAUUCCAUUGAGCCUAACCCCCUGGACACUAUGAAGCACACUAGCAGGGGGGCUGGGCAGGACAACCCUGGUGCUUUCUCCCUUCUGUUUCUAGAUGCUUCCCUCGCUAUUAGGCUAUUGUUAUGAUCAGUAACGAAUCCAAAUGUUAGAUCGGGACAGCCGUAUAGCCUAGUGGUUAAGGGAGCUCAGAUCUCAUAUGAUUGACCAUGUUCUAAUCCCAGCCCUCGAAAACACACUGGGUGGGUGUGUAUGUGUGCCUAAAAUCCCAAGAAGAUGAAGAAAUGGAAAAGAAGGGGGUUGAGGCAUGACCGGGCCUACAGGGUGUGUAUGGGAGGGUGCUGUGUCCCUUUUUCUGUCUCUCUCUCUCUCUCUGACAAAUGCAUGCACUCUACAGCAAAUAAAUAGAUAAACAGAUGUUGUCAGAUCUUUGCACCAGAUGAUCUUUGCACCAGAUACUCAUCAUAUAAAUAUUUAUUUUUCUUUCUUUUGAGAGGUUUUUGCUAUAGGGCACGUGCGCUUACCAGAAAGACAGAGAGAAAAAAAGUGAGAAAUCACCCCCCAG